CUCGCGCGCAUCAUGGCAACGUGGACUGAAGCAACCCACGACUCUUCUAUCUAUUGUCCCCUGAACGACGGCGACUGUACUUGGUCUCGCAAACACCUAGAAUUCGAUACCCUGAUAUCUGUACCCUAAUAAACUUCACAUCGUCAUCUCACACUCUCCCACUACAUGCGAUAGCGGCGCAUGCCCCCGAGCCUCUCAAUGUCGCGUCCUACCGUUUCGAAAGCGCAAACUUCCUAUCCCAUCUACGCUGCUAGCUUUGCCAACAGCAGACCGGGCUACCUGGUGGUGGGUGGGGGUGGAGGCGCCGGGCGUCAUGGCGUGAAGAACAGCAUCACCCUCUUCGACUUCAACUCACGAGCGCCGACCGUCCAACCGUGCGCCGAGGCCGAGGUCUCCAAAGACGACUCGGUGACAUGUCUUGCGAAUCUUGCGACAAAAGAUGGCUUGAUAGUGUAUGCUGGAAUCGGCGGCAGCGAGGAGGACCGCCUCAAGGACAGGAACAUGCACUUCCAGGCCUUUGAGGUUCGCUUUCCAGCCAUCAAGGCGACGAUUGAGGGAGGAGAUAAGUUGGAUGGCAAUAUCUCGUUCUUGAGCAAGACGACGCUUUUCACGCCCCCGCAGUCGACGAAUGCGAAGAAGGAGAACUACCAGCGCGUGGUAAGACUGUCGCCGCCGCAGCGGACGGCUUCCAGCACGCCUACGAAGCGCAUUGGCGCAAUUGCGUCGAGUCUGGCGGGCGACGAGAACGAGAUUGUCGUCUUCGGCGCGACGUCGAACCGGCCAGAUGCGCAGGACAUAAUACAACGGAUUGGUCUGUACAAGGGCCAGGAAGCGAAUGACGUGGACAUUCUCGACCAAGGCGAAGGGCGCUUCCAGGUUGCUUAUGCGUUGGACCAAGAAGUCUAUCUCCAGGAUAUCAACUAUGACUUCGACCAGCGCAGGAGUAAGGAGAAGAGUGAGCGCAGAAAGCUAUAUACCGUGCCGCAUGCCGAUGUCAUGGAGAAAAAGCCACGCUCGAAGCUUAGGUGCAUACGCUGGCUCUCCCCAAAACACUUGCUGCUUCUAGCGAACAAGCCAAAUAGGACGGGCGUCGACCUGCUGGUGCUUCACAUGUAUGAGGAGGGACCGGCCAGCGUUGUACUGCGGAAAACGCUGCCAAAGCACGUCAAGGCGGCUACGGAUAUGGAUGUCGCGUUACUGGACCCCGGAGCGGACGGCGUGUAUCAGAUUGUGGUUGCUGUCGCUGCCAUAGACAACUCCCUGAGUGUGUAUGUGAUUGACUACCACGGCCCUGCGCGAGACUCGCUCAGUAACCUGCAUCUGUUUGAUACGUAUACGGAUGUUCAUAGCAUGCAGAUGACAAAAGUCGUGUUCUCACCGUUCUACAAGUCCGACGCACCAGUGGGGAAGACCGCAGCACCACAGUACCUCCGCCUGGCUUCGACAUCGCUGGGCAACACCAUCUCCGUUGAGACAUUCGAACUGCAAUACUACGGGUCACGCCAUGUUCUCCAAACAGCACGAACAAGAACCAUGUACCAGGCGGCAUACUACAUCGUAGCAGCCGUGGUCAUCGCAGCCGUCUCGUUGAUGAUCCAAUCACUCAUCGACCCUGAGGGAAGCCUAACCAGAAGCCUACUCCCCGCGAGCCUGCAAAGCGCAGCCAGCCAGCACAAGCCCUUCGGCGAGCUGCUGCGCGAGAAGCGGCACCAAGCCAUCCUGAACAACGCCGACUCGCCGGUCGUCAAAACAGCUCACCGCAUCAGCGAUCUGCUCCAUCUCCACUUCCCUGACGUGUCGCAUGACGCUGUCGAGCGGCAGAAGAAGGCGCUCGUCAUCGCCCACGACCCGGACGCGGAGUCCUCCCUCAGCACGGAGGUGCAUGAGGGUGAUGAGGAUGUGGUUAAGAAGCACGCGGCGGCUAGGAAGUGGGAUGAGCUUAGUAAGGAGGAGAAGAAGAGGUGGAGGGAGAAACUGGUGGAUGCGGGGAUGUGGACUGUUGGGGAGGGCGAGACGGUGCUGAAGAGCAUCUUCUUUAGUGAGAUGGGCGGGCUGGUGGGGGCUGCGGCACGGGGGGUGCUUGGGUGAUUGGGAU